AAACUCUUAAUCCUAGUCUGGGUCUUGAUCAUAAUAGCUCUGGUAGGAGCUCUCUCAGGAAUAGCAAUCCUAUAUUCAGUCCAUUCUGGCUCCGCUGCGGUCCUCUCUCCGGAUCCCCCUCCUGGCCCCUGUUGUCUGGAUGGCUGGGUCGGAUACCAAGGGAAAUGCUACUAUUUCUCCGAGAUCAAAGAGAACUGGAACAACAGCCAAAGCAACUGCUCUGCACUUGGUGCUUCCCUGGCUGUGAUUGACAGCAAGCAGGAAAUGACGUUCCUGCUGCGCUAUAAAGGCAAACUUAACCAUUGGCUCGGCCUCUGGAGGGAUCAGGACCAGGACCAGGACCAGCCCUGGAAAUGGGCCAAUGGCUCCAAAUUCAGCAACCAGUUUGAAAUUAGAGGAGGAGGACACUGUGCAUAUCUGAGCGGUGGAUUUGUUGGCUCUUCAAGGUGCACCUCACUCACAAACUGGAUCUGCAGCAAACAUGAUGCGUAUACGGUGGGAAAGGGAACUGCACUGCCUAGGAUAUAAAAGCUUGAGAGUCAUCUAAAUGUGAUCUGGAAAAGCUUGAAGAUAGGGCAGGAUGAAUAUUUAUUCCCUACAGUCUGUUCCCCCAGGGUCUGUCCAGGUUCUGAUUGUCAAUACCUCAAGCAGUGGGGCUUCCUAUGUUCUUUAUUGCUUGAUCCAAAGUGUAACAGAGCUGUCACUUUCUAGAGAAAGUUUCUUUUUUGAAAUUAACUAGCCCUCUUUACUCAGUUCUCCUGCUUAUACCCCAUAUGUAUAAGCUAGUGUUUUUCCCCCAUGUCCUGCUCCAGGUCCAUCCUUUUCCCCUUAGGAGCAUGCUUAUAGGUGGCUGUUUUCCGGAGACACUGGGUUUACCUCAUCACUGGUUUGUAAUGUGACAGCAGAGCUAAAGGCAAAGGAAACUGACACAGGAAUUCAUAAUCGCAGUAAUUUUUUUAAAUGAGAGUAGGCUGCGAAUUAGGUACAUCUUCAUAUACAGCUGACCGAUCAAACUGCAUUCAUGAACGUGUGUAACCCUGAUAUUUUUUCUUUUCACUUAUUUGGAUUUUUACUGUGCUGUCACACAUGAGCACCCAUCCCACUCUCUGUCUCUAACAAUCUUUUAUAACUACAGUAUUAAAUAGGCCAUCAGUUACCUCAGAUCAAAUCCAAGAACCCAGUGACUGCAUCAGUAUAACAAAUUAGUUUAACUUCCUCCCAGUGUUAUCCUUCUCCUCCUCUCAAUUCUUCCUCCUAUUUAUUAAAUGCACUAGUUGCAUUUUUGUUAUUCAAUUAAGUAUCAGAGGGGUAGCCGUGUUAGUCUGGAUCUGUAAAAGCAGCAAAGAAUCCUGUGGCACCUUAUAGACUAACUGACGUUUUGCAGCAUGAGCUUUCGUGGGUGAAUACCCACUUCUUCGGAUGCAAGUCAUGCAAUGAAAAUUGCAUCUUAAGUAAAAAACAUUGUAACUCGAAUUUCCCAUAGGAACAAUGUCAGACUGAAAAUCAUCAAGUCAUAACCGAUGUCAUAAAGUUGAAACAGGAUGUCAAUUUAUAAACGUCGAGGACUGCCUGGGUUCCCCUACCCCUCUGCAUUGGUGUCUCUUCCCCUGAGCAUUCAGCGAGAAGGAAGUGAGGAGGGUCGGGGUGGCACAGCCUCAUGUAGCCAGGGAGGGGCUACAGGCACGAGGUGCAAGUGUCACUCCUCUACAGGCACUGCUAGGCAAAAGUCUCCAGCUCGCAAGGUGCACGCACACCUACUUGGAAUAUACAUCUGCAUCACAUCUCAAAGAACCACAGUUUGAGUAUGUAGUCGUUUCUUCUCAUCCAGGUUGCUUAACGCAGCUGAACAGUGGUUCUCUUAUUGAUGAGUAUUAUCUGUGCCUUAAGGAGGGGAAGUGUCAACCAUCCUCUGAUUUUUGGGAGGAUUUUCGAUCUGUUCCUCCCCACAACUUGCUCGGUUUGGAAUAUUGGUGCUUUUUGAGCCACUGAUCCAUCCUCUACCAUUCCCUGUAGUGGGACCAACGUAUGUUUUGUGAUACUUGUACCCAUUCAUAGAUUUUUUUUUUCUCUCCCCAUUAUGAUUAUCUAGUCGGACCUGCUGGAGAGCACAGGCCAGAGAACCUCGGCCACUUUAAACUCAACAGGGCCAAAACUGAACUCUGUUCUCUCCCUUUCGCCACACCAAUCAGGCCCAUAACCUGGGUAUCAUGUGUGACUCUGCCCUCUCACUGGACUUGCCCAUGCAGACAACUUCUAAACCUUCCCACUUGUGUCAUCCUCCUCUCUAAACACUGACCUUUCCUCGGUCUCCACGUGGCCAAAAUUCAUCCAAGUCCUCCUCAUUUCACGCCCUGGCUACUGCAGCCUCCCCUUCCCUGGCUUUGACUGUAGUAGCCUUCUUCACCUCAAGUCUAUUCAGAAGGCUGUUACUAUAAUGGUCAUUGUUCAUUGGUUUGACCACAACGGUCCUUGCUGAGUUUCUACCCUGGGUUCUCCUUCACCUCAUCAGCAAAUAGAAUGUAGGCAAUAGACCUUGGUGCUAGUCAUAAUAAUUUAUUUUAAUGUAAUAUUAAGCUAGUGCCUUUAUUCCAUAUUUGAGGAGAAGUAUUUAUAGACAGUGCUUUGGAGAACAGCUUAUAUAAUUUUAUUGAAUGAAAUAUUCAGAUUAAUGAAGGAAAUGUUUCUGCUUUCUCCUCAUAAGUGGAAGGCACAAGAAGAAUUAUGCUGCUUUUAACCAUCUUAAUUUACAUGAAACAAGCUCAGAAACAAUUUUCUUCCCUUGUCAAAUAUUUUUUUAAACUUGCCCUUUUUUAGUAGUUUGUUUAACACUGUACUGUAUUUGCACUGUUGGGGAUUUUGUUUUUGGUCUCUGCUCCUGCCUGAUUGUGUACUUCGGGUUCCCGUGUGGUUGACAGAUCCCGUCAUAACGUUUAACUCUGGUGCUUUGAACACCCUGAGGGUAUUAUAUGACCUUGCCCUACUUAUGUGAUCACUAGUUACAUAUUGAAAGAAGCCAUUUCAGUAUCAAGUAUUGUCGUUAAUUGGUAAUUAUCUGGCAGUGCUUAAGAAACUUUCCUACCUAACUCACAAGCCAAGAGCCAUCUCCCCAAGAAUUGUUAAGCAGAGUCUAUGCUAUUUUUGAAAACCAUUUUAAGCUAAAGACUUCUUAUAAGAAUCCUGUAAGUUUUUAGAAAGACAGACUGGCUUCUUAAAUCCAAACACCUUCACUUUUUAUAUAGCUGAAGCCGAAUUUAAACUCCUAUGAAGCCCUAAUAAAACUAAGGGCCUAUCCCAGAAAACGGACUACGUAUAAGAGUUAAAACUCUAACCUCCAAAGAUGUUCUGAGUGUUCCAUGCACAAGAUCAGACUGUAGCACCCUAUUGCAUAUGCAAACAGAGUUGGCCCCAGUAGCCCGUCAUGAAGGUCUUAAGCAGGGGUGGCGCUGGGGGCGGGAGCAGGCUUGCAGAGGCUGAAGCCACCCCAAAGCUUGCGUUAGCCACUGUGUAGCAGUUACCCCUCUCCAUCAGCCCAGCUCUGCAGGCAGAGCAGACACUGUUGGCCUGCGGGGGCAGGGGUGCCCCAGAGCAGCCUCCCCUGACACUAGGAAAGGAAAACAGUAUAAAUCUCUCCGCAUUAAGCAAACAUUCUCUGCUCCUGUUUCAACUCAUCUCAGCCAGGUCACCUCGUCUCUUUCACGUAAGCAAACAGCAUCAGGAAGACAAAACGAAGAAGCCACCCAGCAGCCCUCCAACUACAGCCCUACUUUAGUCACCUCCCCUCACUAAGAUUCUUGCAUGACAGGUGGGUUUGCCAAAGCGCUGCCGAGGGACUAGAUUUCGUAUUUUUUUUCCUUGGGAUUAUUUUAAUGGGAUAUUGCCCUGCUAUUCAACGCUAAAAUGGCUGAGAUUGUGCUCCUCAAGAGGAGACCUACACUAACCUUGCUAAAGGGAGAGAAAUAGCAGCUGUAAUUUGAAUAUUAGGCAAAAAAAAAUAUUAAACUUGUCUCAAGGCAGCUCUUUGCGUGGCUUCUUUUAAGUAACUGAAUUUAAAUGCGUUCCUUGGCUUCAUCAGACUUUAAGCUCAUUUACCUUUGCACAUUUAUAAAGUUUACAUACAUAAACUGUAAAAUUUAAAUGUAUAAUCUAUGAUAAACCAAACAAGCCUUGGCUUCAGUCAACUUCUUUUGCUCAUCUACAAACUUAGAGCAGAGAUUGUCACUGAAGUAGCAAUUGAAUGUGUCUUUGGUUUUUGUUUAAUAAAAUGUUAUUUCUGG